CUGGGUGAUCUUGUGGGAUUGAGAGCGCGUGCGUGAAGUGCUCGCAGAACGCAGAAUUGUACACAAACUGCACAGAGUGCACCGAAAAGAGUGUCAUUGAGUCAUUAUGUGUCACUUCCGUGUGGAUUAGCAGUGCAAUUCGGCGCGAAAUAAUGCAUUUCUGCUGAUAAGUGACGGUUUUUUGGCGCUUCACGUCUUCUGUCCACGUAAAUUGUUCUCUCAUUCACCUGGGAAUGUGUGCUUCAACUGCACCACUUAACGCCACAGCUCUCAACUUGUGCGGAUUUACAGUGCAAUUGAGUGUAUUGAAUAAUCCCCUAAACUAAUUACUCCACAUUAAAUCCCACUGUGAAAUACUCUGUGAUUGCCCUCUUUUUUGCGCUGUCCUGCACAGAGAGUGUCCGGGAAGAGCAGCUGGAUAAUUCGGUAUCACUUCCAUCACAUCCACGAUGCUGCCAAGGUGGAUUUCUCUCUGGAUCUUCGUGUGGACUUUAACUCUCCACGGAGGUGAAUGCAAUCUUCCACCUGUUUUCACCCAGGAUAUGAAUAAUCUCGCCCUGUCAGAAUCCACUCCUGUGGGAGCGAGUGUGUACCGAUUGGAGGGCUACGAUCCGGAGGGCGAAGAGAUAUCCUUUGGCAUAGUCGGAUCAGAUAAUUUCAUGGUGAAUCCGACAACAGGAGAAGUGGAAAUCGUUAAAGCACUGGACCGUGAGGAUCAGGACACACUCCACUUCCUCGUCACCAUCAAGGAUAAAGUGAACAGUACAUGGGAAUCUCAGAAUGAUAAUCGUGUCGAGGUGCCAAUCAGUGUUAUUGUUCUCGAUGAGAAUGACAAUGCGCCGGAAUUUCAGAAUGUGCCAUAUGAAACGGAAGUGCUGGAGGAUGCGGAAAUUGGCACAACGGUUUUCGACAAGAUCCACGUUACGGAUCGGGACAUUGUGGGUGAGAAUCUGGACAUUACGUGCGUGCCCAACAGCCAGAAUCCCGACGCGUGUUCUGUUUUCACUUUGAAAGUUCUCCAGAGCGAGCAAGAUAUUCUUAGGGCAGCUGUGGUGCUUGCGGGCAAACUAGACUAUAAUGAACGGAUGAUUUAUCAGAUUGAGCUCAAAGCUACGGAUGAUGUUCACGUUUCAACAGCCAGUUUAGAGAUCAGAGUGAAAGAUGUGCAGAACGCUCCGCCCGUAUUUCAAGGCUCAUUGGCGUCGGUAAUCAAUGAGGACAGUCCCAUCGGGACCCUUGUGAUGACCAUUCAAGCGAGAGAUGGCGACCGAGGACAACCCAGGAAGAUACUCUACGAAUUAGUCUCGAAUCCAAUGGAUUACUUCCUGCUUGACUCCAAGACUGGCGAACUGAGGACUGCCAAGCCGCUGGACAAAGAAGCCCUCCCGGAUGCUACGGGUCUCGUUUCGUUGACUGUGAGGGCCCGGGAGUUGGUCGACGGGAUGCCAGGCAAUGACGCUCUCACUAUGGCCACAACUCAGGCGUCCGUCACGAUUCGGGAUGUGAAUGAUUCUCCGCCCACCUUCAAUCAGAAGGAGUAUUUCGUUUCGUUGAAUGAAAACACAGCGCCAGGAACUCCCUUGCCACUGGAGAUGAGCGUCUCUGAUCCAGACGUGGGGCAGAACUCGAUAUUCUCCCUGAGAUUGAAUGAUGUGUCGGGAGUGUUUGAUGUGGAGCCAAAGAGAGUGGUGGGCUCAUCUCAAGUGAGCGUGCGAGUGGCCAACGGCACUCUCGACUAUGAGAACCCCAACCAGAGGAAAUUCAUUGUGCUGAUAAUCGCCGAGGAGACAGACACCGAGCACAAGCUCUCCUCCACGGCCACCCUCACCGUCUCCGUGACGGACGCCAACGACAAUCGACCCACUUUCGAGCACGACUCGUAUUCCGCCAGUGUGUCAGAGACCGCCCACGCUGGUCAGCUGAUUACCACGAUAACUGCGAAGGAUCUGGACUCGGGCGACUUCGGCGACAGGGGUAUCAGGUACUCUCUGUCCGGCACGGGCGCCGAGCUCUUCCACGUGGACCCCAUCACUGGAGCCAUCACUGUGGCUGAGUGCCGCGCGACAGCCAGACGCAAGCGAGACAUGCCAAUGAGCGCCUCUGAGGAGGCGGAUCUGCUGAACGACGCCAAGAAUGUCAACAUCACUUAUGUGGGCCAAACGGGCGUGCUGCCAGUGGAGAUGUCUCGCACAGAGUCUUCCAAGGACUAUGUUCCUUACCAAGUGAGCGAAAACGACUAUGACUUGCUCAAUUCCGCCAGUGGUGAGCAUCACAACAACAUUCUGGACUCCAGAGAGUCAUUUGAAACCACGACGACGGACUUCACAACCGAGUUUACAACGCAAAUGCCACCGGAAAUGCCUAAAGACACGAGCUCGGGGCCAGGAAAAGCCCCUUGCUUGGAUUAUGAGACUCAUCCUGUUUACUAUCUCUCUUAUAAGGCGAUUGACGACUUGGGACGAGGUCAGACUUCUGUGGUUUCGCUUAGAAUCUCUCUGAUAGACGCUAAUGACUCACCACCAGUUUGUGAGAGUCCAAUUUAUAGAGCAUCUCUCGACGAGGGUGCAACUUUCUUUGACCCUCCGCUAUUCGUCAAGGCUCGGGAUCCUGACGCAAUGUCUGACAUCGCUUACAGAAUCAUAGGUUCUGAAGCCAUACAAUCACUUUUCCUGAUCGAUAAGCGCUCGGGUCAGCUAAGCAUUGCAAAGAACGUGACGUUGGAUGUGAACCACAUCCAUUCUGAGAAUGUUCGAUUCCCGGUUGAGGCGAGCGAUGGUCUGUUCACGACCCUUUGCGAUGUUAACAUUACAAUCAGAGAUGUUAACAAUCACGCUCCUCAAUUCACGAGAGACAAUUAUGUGGUGACAAUUGCUGAAAACUCGCCAAUUGGGUCAAUUGUUGAGCGAGUGAUGGCUGAGGAUUUGGAUACAGGGAUCAACGCAGAAAUCCGCUAUCGGCUACAAUCGGGCAGUUUUGAUGACUUCGCCAUUGAUAACCGAACGGGAGUGAUUUCUAUAGCGCGCAAGCUGGACUUUGACCGUCGAAACACAUAUCAAAUGGAAGUUGUUGCUGCGGAUUUGGGUACUCCCAGUCUCUCAGGCUCCUGCACAGUGACUGUGAGUAUUCUGAACAGCAACGACAAGGCGCCCUACUUCACGCCAGCCACACAGAGGGCAGAAAUCGCUGAGGACGCGGCUGUUGGGACUAUCGUGCACACUCUCGUGGCAAUCGAUCCCGACAUUGUGAGCCGAGAGGCGCUGGAUUACGCUGCCACAGAGCCCAUCACGGCUGUGGACAAGGACGGCAAGGAGGUGGUGACGGGCAGUGACGAGUUUAAGGACGUCUUCAGCGUGGACAAGCAUGGGAAUGUGCGGGUGAAUAAGCUGCUGGACAGGGAUCUAUUCGCGGUGAUUCGCAUCACCGUCCUGGUGACGGAUACCACUGCCCCAUCAAUUCAGCAGGGCCGAGGACUCCUCGUCAUCACCAUUAUCGAUGUCAACGAAAUGCCGCCGGUCUUUGCCGCCCCUUGGUCACCGACAGAGCCGAAGUACACGUUCCAAAUGAGGGAGGAACAGCCCGUGGGUGCCAUUCUGACCACCCUUCAGGCCACAGACGCGGACUCAACAGUUGGCAAAUACCAAUUGGAGCAUGGAAAUGAUUUCUUUGACAUAGACGAAAUCACUGGAAUAAUACGCACAAAGGCUCGUAUUGAUUACGAGAGUAUCAAAAGUAUCCACUUCAACGCUACAGUAACAGAUACAGGAAUUCCUCAACUCACCUCCACCGCCAUGAUCACAGUAGACGUGAUAAAUGAGAAUGACAAUGAUCCGGAGUUCAAUGAGACGGAGUAUCGCUUCGAAGUGCCUGAGAAUUCUCCACGGGGCACAAUUAUUGGGCGCUUGGAAGCUUCAGAUGCUGACGAUGGAGCCUUCGGAGAGGUUGUCUACAGCUUGGUUGGAGAGCAGAGCUCUCUGUUCAGUAUUGAUCCGGACACAGGAGUGAUUGUGGUGCAGGACUCUUCGGGAUUGGAUCGCGAGCGCGAGCCUGAGAUCUCAAUUACCGCUGUGGCGAUGGACAAGGCGCCCUCGCCAACCAGGCGUUCGACAGCCAUUCCAGUGCACAUUCGAGUGAAGGAUGUGAACGACAAUGCGCCAGUUUUCACGCAAAACAAGUAUCAAGCCACGGUGGCUGAGAAUGCCGCCCUGAAUCCGCCGGCUGCCAUCCUCCAAGUCACAGCCACGGAUCCUGACGAGGCGGAUUCCGGCACAGUCAAGUAUUUUAUCUUGUCCGGGAACGACGCUGGUAUGUUCAGACUGGACGCCAGCACAGGUAUUCUCUACCCAGCCAUUGAGUUGAGCCAUAAGAAAGGUCACUAUCAGCUUCUGGUUGAGGCUCGAGACGGCAAGGGAACUGGGCCGUAUUCAGACACCGCGGAAAUCGCCAUUGAAGUGAGCAGUGUCAAUCAGCAUCGCCCGGUGUUCAUCAUGCCAGCUCUGAACAAAGCCCUCAUAGAGAUUCCAUUCAAUGUCGUGGAGCCUGAGUAUCUCGUGAUGACAGUGAAAGCGACGGACGAGGACAGCGGUCUGGAUGGGAAGGUGACAUAUCAUCUUCAGGUGAACAACGACAAUAUUCAGGAGACUGAUGAGUUCGCCAUUGACGAACUGUCUGGGGAAUUGAGAACCAGAAAGCAAUUGGAGCGGAAGAAACAGUCCAAAUACGAAUUGAUUCUCGUAGCCAGAGACCGUGGCCGACCGAAGCGCUUCGAGACACUCAGAUUCCUCACCAUUCUCCUAGUGGACAUCAAUGAGAAUCGCCCAGAAUUCCCAGACGCCUCCAAUCCGUAUAAAUUCCAAAUCUCCGAGAACCGCGAAAGAGACGUGCGAAUCGGGAAGAUUCAGGCAAUGCUCCAGGAUCGCAGUCACGAUGAUCCGCCCACGAUUUACUAUUACAUUAUGCUGGGCAACGAAGAGGGCGCAUUCUACAUCGACAAGACCAGCGGAGAUGUCUUCACGAAUAAAUCCCUCGACCGAGAGACCACAGACAAGUACAUGCUGUUCAUUUUGGCCAGCAAGAAGCCUGACAUGGUAAUCACGGACGACGACCGAGCGGCAUAUUCUGUGAAGGCAUUGGAGAGGGACAGCACAGUGGCCAAAGUGGAGAUCAAAGUGCUGGACAUCAACGAUAAUCCGCCCGUAUUUGCACCAGAAAUUUACUACGCGGGCAUCAGCUCAAAAGCCUCAAUCAACGAAUUGGUCACACUGCUCAACAUCACAGACAACGACAAGGAGGAAAAUGCGACAAUGGAAUUGAUAAUUGCCUCAUCAAAUCUGUAUAAGUUCGGUUCCAGCAAGUCCACUGGCUCUAUUGUGCCCAGUCCAUUCGCUAUUUCCAAGGAUGGACGUCUCACGACAGCCACUUUCAUGGCGGAAUACAAUCAGGACAGAUUCAUAUUGGAGAUUAUCGCAAAGGAACAGGAGCCGCCGGAGCGGACGGCCAAAGCCACAGUUCACGUGUGGAUCUUCAACCCAGAGCAACUCAUAAGAGUGAUUCUGUCGCGUCCGCCGUCGGAGGUGAAUCAGGAGCAGAAUGAGAUCAUCCAGGAGCUGUCUAACGCCACACAGAAGAGAAUAAUUGUGGACGACAUCCGAUACCAUGUGGACGGCAUGGGUAGGAUUCGCAUGGAUUGGUGCGACCUGUACUUCCACGCCGUGGAUCCCGAGAACAAGGCGAUCGUUCCCGUCGAAGAGGUGCUGAAGGUCGUGGACGCGCACUACGACUUCCUCAAAGACUACUACGCGGGUUUCGCCAUUGAGAACGUCGUGCCUGCCCACGCGACGUACGUCCAGGAGGAAUUCGACCUGGCCCUGGCGGCCCUCAUCGCCCUCCUGAUCAUCCUCUUCGUGGGCGCCGUGAGCUUCAUCGUGCUGUGCUGCUGCCUCAAGCACUGGGUCAUCUCAAUUCCCAGCGAGACGCGCCGCAAAGACGCCCUCAUCAAGAAACAGAUCAUCGAGGAUCUCAACACCACGGAGAAUCCCCUCUGGAUUGAACAAAAGCUGAAGUUGUACGAAGAGCAGGAGUUAACAAUGCAAGUCUUCUCCGAGCCUGAAAUGAUGAGCAUGAACAAUUCGUCGAGUCAGCAGGAUGGAUUGCCGCUGACACUCAACCGGCGCGACUCGUACGAGACUUCGCAGGGCGGCGGAGACAACACGUAUGCCACAAUCCAGCCCAGGAACAUCAGCUCGCAGGUCGGCGAUGGCCUGGCGGACUACGCCACUCUCCGGAACCCGAGCGGAGUUCCUUCUAUCUACGAAUUUACGGGGUCAACAUUCCAAGUUCCUCAGCGAGAUCGUUCGGAUUUCGUCACAGAACUGAUUUGACACUACUAAAUCAACGCUGCAGAGUCACUGGGCAGAAGUGUAAUUGUAGUAAACUUAUCCAUUAAGUUGUCCGAAACUGGAAUUUUUAUAUCAGCGACAAUAAAUUAAGAGAAUUCAUUUAUUUAUUGAAUGUUAAGAAAAGAUAAAAUAUACUUGCGAGAAUGAGCAUGAAUGAAUUGUGCGUAAAAAGUCCUUUAUAUGACUGAUAGUAGGUAAAUUAUUUUUAUAUAACACAAACAGAAGAAAUGAUAAGUGCGCUCAGUAUCGCAUUAAUAAUGAUGAAAAGUCUUUUAACGUGGUAAAAUUGUAGUAAUUAAUUGCGUCACAUUUUUGACUAACAUUGUAUUGUGAAUGAAGAAAAAUUUAUUCUCAUGUUGCAGAAGAGAGAAGAUAUGUUAAAUAGUGUUACUGGACUCGAGAGAAGCGUGGAAGAGGCCGCAAAAGUGCAUAAAGAAAAAUACUCUCCGUGUAAUUCUCGGUAUAUUUAAUAAAUCUUUUUAUUUACCUUAAUUCAUGUCUUCUCCACUUUCUUUCACUUCCAUUUCCUAAAGUUAUCUUUUGUAUUUUCAGACAAUUUUUCCGACGCAUUAUUGUGACUUUAUCAUUUCUCUAACAUUACAUGUGUUUUCGCACUUUUCUUCUCUCUAUCAGUUAAGAAUUUAAACUAUAAAAGUGUUGGAAGUUGAUUGUGCAACAAAUAAAUAUUACUCUCGAUAUUAA